GAUCGUGUUACGGGAGACUCCAGUCCCGAGACAUCUGCUCCGCUAACAACGGAGCGCGUCCCCGCGUCCCAGACCUGCGACCGAUCCAUACUCCCUUGGUGCCCCCUCCUCCUCCUCGUCCUCCUCCUCCUGCUGCCCUCUAACCCACAGUUGUGCUCUCUCCGUUAUUCGUGCUAACUCAGUGAUCAUGAGGAGCCACGGUGCAUGUGCCCUCCACGUUUUCCGGCUGUAGUUGACCCGGCAGAAGCGCGCGUCUGCUUCAUCCGUCCCGUGCGUCCGAGCGGCGAGUAGCGGCGGCGGAGCGAGCGAGCAGCGGCUCCCGGUGCCACCGAGCGGCACACUUCUUUUUGUCUGUGCGCUCCGCGGGCUGCAGGCUGCGGGCUGAACCUUCGCAUCCUGUCCGCUGCUUACCUGACGGUGUUACUGGAGAGGAAGGACGGAACACAAAGAUCUCCAAGUCCGAUGUUUGAGAACGCUUCCAUAACCGGAUUUCUACUCUGAUUUUCUCUUUUUGUGAGCUUUGUGUUUGUUUUGGACACCAUGGAGUCGGUGGAGAAGGAGUGUGGAGCGCUGGGUGGAUUAUUCCAGGCCAUCGUGAAUGACAUGAAGAGCUCUUACCCUGUGUGGGAAGACUUCAGUGCCAAGGCCACAAAGCUGCACUCUCAGCUCAGGACCACCAUUCUGGCAUCUGUGGCCUUUUUAGACGCCUUUCAGAAGGUGGCGGACAUGGCGACCAACUCGAGAGGUGCCACCAGGGACGUCGGCUCAGCUCUGACGAGGAUGUGCAUGCGCCACCGAAGCAUUGAGGCAAAAUUACGCCACUUCACCAAUGUUCUCAUGGAAGGCCUGGUGACGCCGCUCCAGGACCGCAUUGAGGAGUGGAAGAAGACAGCCAACCAGCUGGACAAAGACCAUGCCAAAGAAUACAAGCGGUCUCGUCAGGAAAUCAAAAGGAAGUCUUUGGAUACGAUAAAACUCCAGAAAAAAGCAAGAAAAGGCCGGGGUAACUUGCGCCCCCAGCUGGACAGUGCCAUGCAGGAUGUGACUGACUUGUACCUGCUGAUGGAGGAGACGGAGAAGCAGUCGGUGCGCAGAGCUCUCCUAGAAGAGAGGGGGCGCUACUGUUCAUUCAUCAACCUGCUGCAGCCUGUGGUGAACGUAGAGAUCGCCAUGCUGGGGGAGAUCACACACUUACAGGCGAUCGUUGAUGACCUCACUGUGCUGACUGAAGACCCGCACAAGCUACCGCCAGCCAGUGAGCAGGUGAUCCGGGACCUGAAGGGCUCUGACUUCAAUUGGUCCUACCAGACCCCCCCAUCCUCCCCCAGCAGCACCGGCUCCAGGAAGAGCAGCAUGUGCAGUCUCCUUCAGAUGCCCUCAGCAGGAGCCCAUCGGCUCAGCAGCGUCUCCUCCCACGACUCAGGCUUUGUGUCCCAAGACGCCAACACCCACUCCAAGCCCCCGUCACCCAUGCCCUCUGACAUCACCAGCCAGAAAUCAACAAGCUCUGCCUCCUCUGAGGCUUCAGAAACCUGCCAGUCUGUCAGCGAGUGCAGCUCUCCCACAGCGUUUGGCUCAUGCUCAUCCUUCGGUACCUUUCGCCCUGCUUUCUCUCACACUGGCACCAUCAGGCCUCUCUCUGUCAUACUUCCUGCGUCCCCCACAUUUAACCACUCCCCUGGAUCCAACACCCCCUCACCCACAUCAAAGGUUCCUAGCUGGAAGGACUGGGCCAAAUCGAGUUCUUGUGAGCCGUCUUUGGUGAGCACUCUGCAUCGCAGGAGAGAGUCGAUGGAAAAGAUGAGAGAACUUGAAGCUCCGCCCAGUCCACUGGGGUAUUCUGGGAUGCAUCCAGAUGAUCUACACCGAGGGAGGAUUGGCGCAGGAACUAUUGCAGCCAAGCACGGCGAGCCACUCUCUCCAGCAGCCAGCACUCUUGCGAUGGUUCUGACCCGAGGUUUGAGUAUGGAGCAGCAGAAGAGCAGCAGAGACUCCCUGCAGUACUCCAGUGGUUACAGCACCCAGACCAACACCCCAUCCUGCUCAGAGGACACCAUCCCCUCUCAGGGUUCUGACUACGAGUGCUACUCUCUCAACGGGGACGCUGACAGUGAAGGACAGGCAGACUUUGACAAGUCCUCCACCAUCCCACGGCACAGUAACAUCGCUCAAAGCUACCGCCGCAUGAUCCAAACCAAGAGGCCCGCCAGCACAGCAGGUCUGCCCGCAGGAAAGAAUCCUCAGGGAACCCCUAAUGGCUCAGGGGGGAGCAGCUCUGGAGCCAUCACCUCAGGGACCGCCACCAUCCGCCGCACACCUUCCUCCAAAACUGGAGUGAGACGCACGCCAUCUACGUCUGGACCCAUCCCAAUCCGGCCCCCCAUUGUACCGGUGAAGACCCCCACUGUGCCAGAUUCUCCAGGGUACGGCAGCCCGUCCCAGCAGCGUGCAGGCAGCGAAGAGUUUCUCUACAGUGACGACCCUGCAGCUGGAGAUUACAUGAGGGCGUCUCCAAAGAGGAUGAGCCUGCCUGAUACCUCAUGGGGGUGUGGAGGAGGGGGGCCUGACAGGACUGGUUACGCCCAGCAGGUCCCCGGCAUGGGCCCCCUCUGUGCUGAGGAGGACCCUCUGCUCGCUGCAAACCGCCACAGCCUGGUGGAGAAGAUAGGGGAGCUGGCAGCCAGCGCCCAUGCCCUGGGUGAGGGUCAUUUCCCCUUCAGCAGCUCUCUGCUGGGGGAGGCGGCUCAGUGUGCCCCCCAGGAGACGUCCUCUGAGACUCAGGAGGACUUGGAUAUGCUAGUGAGGAUACGCCUCGGGGUGAAGCUCCGCAAGACGGUGACUGACGACAGGUCUGCUCCCAGGAUCCUGCGGUAGCUGAGGGAGAGGAGGGCUGUGAGGAAGCUGUUAUGCCCUUAUUGACAGACUGAAGCUUUGUAGUGAAAUACAGCAGCACUCAUGAACUGAGGUACAAAGAGGGCGUAACGUGAUGAAUGAAGGCCAGUUCACAGAGUGACCAUGGACAAUGUUGAAUCAUGUCAUGUCAUGUAUGUAUUGCGUACGUAUUAAGUAAUCCAUAUUUUUGGUUUUGAUUCUUCUGUUUAGUUUUUGUCUCUUUAUCUCUGCUCCCACUGUGACCUGUCGCUUCAGCCCAGUUUGUCCCGUUAGCCCUGGUGUCGUCACUGCCAUCAGGUUUGAAUGCUCCAUAUCUUUGUUCUUGCUCUUAUGAUUAUAAAAAUAUUGUGUGUUUCCCAGUUAGCACGGCCUCCUGUGGGUGCAGAGUGAUGGGUGCGGUGCUCUGUGAGCCUGUCUGUGUGUUGUUCUCAUCUUUACUGUAUUACUGUUUUGUUUCAUGAGCUGGAAAGCAGCUGUGUAAGUCAUGUAAAAUAGGAGCAAUAUGGCAGUGUUUUUAUUGCUGUACUGUACUGUCAAUAUAUUCUGCAAUUAAACAGGCUUUUUACUGUUAAACGCU